UCGCUCCUGCGCUGAUUGAAUUGAAUCCGGGCCAAGGAAAUUAUGUAGCCUGCCCGCCCUUCUCGGGAAACGGGAGAGAGCCGGAGCCAGGGAAGGAAUUGUCUGCGAGCUGCCAAGCCGCCCGGCUGCGCUGCCAGCGAAACGCCUCGCAGACCCGAGCCCAACUCUGGACUUUUGUGUCUCUUCCCCUCCCUGGCCCCCAACUCUCUCCAGUCUGUUCACAUUUGGCUACUAAACCUUCGGAGUCCUUAGCAGGUAGCCAAGGGCAGCUAGGAAAAUCAGGACAAGACACCCCCACCUCCGCGGCAGCUGUGUGCUUUGGAAGCAGAAUAAAAUGGCUCCAGUCCGGCCAAGCAUGCCGUCAGCGGGAACGCGACGCUCCCGCCGUUCCCAGAGGGAAUGCAGAUGGCCAUUUUCGGCAUGGGAUGUUUUUGGGGAGUCGAGAAGAUGUUCUGGAGCUUGCCAGGCGUCUUCUCCACCCAGGUGGGCUACGCAGGAGGCUUCACCCCAAACCCCACCUACAAAGAAGUCUGUACAGGUCUGACCGGACACGCGGAAGUGGUCAGGGUUGUGUACGACCCACAGAAGACCAGCUACGAGGCCCUCCUCAAAGCCUUCUGGGAGAACCAUGACCCCACCCAAGGCAUGCAGCAAGAGGAGAAUGUCGGCACACAGUAUCGCUCAGUAAUCCACACAUUCGGAGCCCAGCAGAGGGAUACUGCCCUGAAGUCGAAGGCGAUGUAUCAACAGGAGCUGGCCAAACAGCAGCUGGGGCCCAUCACCACUGAAAUCCAGGCAGCCGGGGAGUUCUAUUACGCAGAGGAUUACCACCAGCAGUACCUGCACAAGACCCCCAAGGGAUACUGCGGCCAAAAGGGGACCGGCGUGGCCUGUCCCAUCCGCCCCGCAGCUGAACAAGUCAUGAAGGGAGUAUGCCUGGGAGCCGUGACGAUCAACACCCACAAGCAGUUGCCAUGGGAACGGAAGCAGCCUAGCACCUCGUUUUAAGCGACCAUCGGGAGCGCAGGUGGCUUUUCUUUUCCCGGCCACCUCUGGACCCAGCUGGACGGCCUGAUUCACAGACGUGACGGGUUCUGCACCAGGCAAACUGCCCCUUGAGUCCCUUCCUGCCCUGCGUUUCUGGACGGUUACCAUAGCGCAGGGGAUGUCCAAGUGCAUGGGUCUGAUCCCUGGCAAGGCUCCAGGGUUCAGAGAUCACCCCUCGGUCCUGGUCGCUUUGUGGUGGCCUCCAGGCUGAGGUGGGGGGUCUUGCCUCCCAGAGCUGAUCCUGCACAACCAGCAGCUGCUACUGGCUCCUUGUCCUGAUCUGCUCACGCCUACGCGCCCCCUUCCCUCCAGAGCAUCCUCUGGGGUCACUUAGAUUCACUGGGAGGCUGGAGCAUAGGAGAGGGGGUAACUCGCUUGCUAACUGCCUGGAGAAUUUCCUCACUCCAUUGCCACGGCCACCACAGCAUCUGUCACACAGGGCCCAGCAGGACUGCCCAGGGGACGGGGCAGCCUCGGCACCACAACGUGAGGCAAGUCCAAAAGUUUUCAGCCGCCUUUGCUGCUGGAUUUGGGAGGGUCUGGACAGAGGUGCCCAGCCCUGGGGACGCAGGCGCCUCGGGGUAGGCAGCAAAUGCUCUGCUUUCUCCACCUGGUUUUGCUAGACAACAUUGGGAAGGCUGCACCCUCCCCAGCCCCCCCGCUGCCAGCGGGAGCCUCACCCCUCACGUUUGGUGGAGAAGGAGCUGGGCCAUCACUGAAGGUGGUUGAUGCCUCCCCCUGGAGAGAGCGGGGACCUAUUAACUUUCAGCCAUUAGACUUCAGGGCAAGAAGUCCCCUCUCCUGGGGCUUAGCCCUGGCCUCCAGCCUUCCCCUUCCCCCCUCAUCACCCUUGACAAUGACACCAAUUCUCCCUGCUCCACUAGUCUCCUGGAUCCCUGGUGGCCCGGAGAGCGAGGCUCCCCGAGCAGUGGACACAGGUGCUGGCCAGGUUAGCAACCAGCAGCCCUGCCCUGCCCAAGAGCAGCAGGGUUUGUUAAUGUGCCCCAGGGGCAGCCAUGGGUGGGGGGGAGCUUGUAAUGGGCUCUGCCUGAGGGGAUUGGGAAAGCAGUUGCUGAAUCCUGACUCGCUGUCCCUGGGCUCCCCUUGGUGCAUGGUUUGACCUCUUCCCGAUCUGAGCCCAGGAGGGAAGGAGAUGCAUCUCGUGGGCUUCUGUCUGCUCGCCUGGCCUUUACUCUCUUGCUCUCCCACUGCCUGAGGAGUCACUUGCCCCAAGCCCCGGCUGCCCAAGGGGGAGCGAUGCUAGCCCAGGGCUGUUCCUGUGCUCCCUGCUGGGGCUGCCCUAGCUCAUAUGGUCCUGAGGGUCCUGCCCCUCCGUCGGGAUUCCCAGCCGGUGGCAGCACCCCCCAGCAACUUAUUUCACAGACUCUUCCCAAGGAACCUGCAGUUCCUCCCCGCACCCCAGAUGUGUCUAUUGCUUCUUCAGGGCCUGCUGGUGCCCUCUGAAGAGUUUGCUCCUGCCCCUCACUGCAGCGAUUACCAGCUUGGCCGUGCUGUCUAGCUGGGCGGGAGAUCGUUGUCUUCCCUACUUCUACCUGGCCCUGCGUCCUUCCUGAACCCCCUGCCGGUCUUUCUAACCCAGCCAGCUCCGUCUGCCAGGCUGCCCUGCCCCUGAGCUCCCAUCACAUGCUGUUCUGUCCAUGCCCAAACCCACCACCCGCUAGGCACAGGCGGGGCUGAGCCCAGCUCCCCUUAAAGGGCCAGCCCCUCUUUCCCCCACCGUAGCGGCAGCAGCCACCACCCAGUCUAGUCUGUUCUUUGGCACAGAGUCUGGCUCAGGGCCGGUGUUGCCUACUGCCAGCGGGUGAGUGGGCAUUGAACUCUAUUGGGCAGAGAGGUGGUGUUUAAAUUGAUGCUCACCUGGGUGGGGCUGGCCUUGUUCAUAAUCGGCCCCAUGUCAUUUUGAUCCUCUGAAAUGAUCCAGCGUCUCCUGGACUGCACCGAAUAAAUGAAA